CUCACAAAUGACAGAGAUGAUCUGUGGUUAACCUCAAUUUGUAGUAUUUUUUUACCAUAAACAAACCUAGUUUUUUGUUUAUUUGGCUUUGGAAAGUUUUGAGGCAUUUCGCGAGCAAUGGUUGAGGAGAUCAAGAACAGCUUGCAGGAAAUCCUGACCAAAAUCGACGGUCUUUACUGCAUAAUGUUCACGGAUAGAGAUGGGGUGCCUCUGCUCAAGGUGCACACCGAUAAAGCCCCGGAGCCGGCAGUGAAACCCAGCUUCAUAUCCACGUUUUGCAUAGCGAUCGAUCAGGGUAGCAAAUUGGGCCUGGGCAAAACGAACACUAUGAUUUGCAUGUACUCGCAGUACCAGGUGGUGCAAAUGAACAAAUUGCCCUUAAUCAUCACCUGUGUGGCCAAUCAGAAGUGCAACACCGGCCAGAUUUUGGCGUUGGAGACCCAGUUGGACCCCAUUGUGACUGCGCUGACCUUGUCCGUUUCUGAGGGCUAGUUUUUGUGAACCUUCUUGGGGGUUGAAUUGUAAAAUUGCUAUUUUAUGUUUGUAUGUUUUAAGGGCUGAUUUUUUUAUUAAACGAAUAUUAAUGUAAAA